AUGUCACAACAUUGGGAUCAUCCAAAACGUCUAAAAAUGCAUCUCAAUUCCACUUAUGUUUUGGAUGAUCCCAAUGUUGUGACAUGCAAAAACAUAGCAAUACAGCGUGGACUUCAGAAGAAACUAGUUAUAGCUCCGUCGCAGGUAGCCGGUUGGGGAUGCUUUGCGGGUGAAGAUAUUGAAAAGAACGAAUUCAUCUCGGAAUACUGCGGCGAAUUGAUAAGCCACGAUGAAAGCGAGCGCAGGGGCAAAAUCUAUGACAAAUUGAAAUGCAGUUAUUUGUUCGGUUUAAAUGAUGAGAUGGCUGUGGAUGCUACUCGAAAAGGCAAUAUUAUUCGCUUUGCGAAUCAUUCAAAGGAUCCGAAUUGCAUGGCAAAAGUUUUCAUGGUGAACGGGGAUCAUCGAAUCGGCAUCUUCGCUCGAAAAAAUAUCACAUUUGGUGAAGAAUUAUUUUUCGACUACUCCUACAACUCAUAUCAACAGGUAAAUACGUUAAAUAUUAAGAUAAAAGACACAGAAAUUAUAGGUUGUAAAGUGAAUUUAUGCGGAUAA